UAACGAAAUAACGGUAUAAGUAUAUGGCAUGUGGAAGUAAAACUCAAGAAGACGUAAGUAUGUAUCAAUUCCGAUUUUUUUGUUAAUAACCAAAAUUAGAACCAGGGAAAGGGCAAUAAUAAGAAAAUGUCAAAUCAUUAUAAACUCUUUACUUACUUGACAAUGACAAAUAGUUUAAAGGAAAUGUCACAAUAAGGUCAAAAAUAAAAAUAAAACUGAAAUGCUAGAAAAGCCAAAAUCAGUAUAUCUUUAGACAUAUUUAUUUAUAUAAAUAUAACUAUAUACUUUGUUUUAUUAGGGAAAUCUAAUAUUGCUUUGUUAUUGGUAGUUCAAGCUUGAAAAGUUAUGAUGCACGAUUAUUUUCUCUGGUAAACAGAUAUUUUUAAAAAUAGCACAAUGUGGGUGACAAAGUGUAUUAAAUUAUACAAUAAACUAAGUCCUUUGAACGGUUUAACUAAAAGAACACUUAGCUCAUCGAAUAAAACUACUGUAUUGGGAAUUGAAACAUCUUGUGAUGAUACCGGUUGUGCUGUAGUGAACAGUGAGGCUACUAUAUUGGGAGAAUUCUUACAUUCUCAAAAUGAAAUCCACGUUAAGUACGGUGGUGUGAAUCCAAUAAACGCCUGGGAACUUCAUCGUGAUAACAUAGAAUUAGCUGUAAAUACAGCUUUAGAUGAUGCUAGAAUUGGUAUAAAUGAUAUUGAUGCAAUAGCAGUUACCACAAAACCUGGACUUUUGUUAAGCUUAAUGAUAGGUGUAAAAUAUACAAAUUUUCUUGCCAAAAAAUAUCAAAAGCCAAUAAUACCAGUGCAUCAUAUGGAAGCCCAUGCAUUAGUUGUAAGAAUAUACUAUAAUAUACCAUUUCCUUAUUUGGCUUUGCUUAUAUCAGGGGGACAUUGCUUUUUGACUGUUGUAAAUGAUGUUAAUGAUUUUCUACUGAUCGGCCAGACUUUAGAUAAUGCCCCUGGUGAAGUGAUGGAUAAGGCUGCUCGGAGAAUGAAGUUAAAGAAUAUGCCGGAGUAUUCAUUAACAUCUGGAGGUAAAGUAAUAGAGUUGGCUGCUAAGAAUGCUAAAAAUCCAUCCUUAUUUGAAUUUCCUAUUCCAUUGCAGAGAAAUAGAGACUGUGAUUUUAGUUUUAGUGGAUUAAAAGAUUCACUGGUGCGAAAAGUAAUUAAAAAGGAAUCUGAACAUGGCUUGAUGGGUGAUGAAAUUAUUCCUGAAGUAUAUGACUUGUGUGCAUCUUUCCAGACCAGUAUUACUAAACAUUUAGCACACAGACUUGAGAGAGCUAUAAAAUUUUGUGAAGUAAAAAACCUGUUAAAUAAAAAUGCUAAAAAUAUAGUAGUAUCAGGUGGUGUUGCUAGCAAUGAUUAUAUUUUCACUAAUUUAAAAAGUGUUGUUAACCAUUUGGGCUACAAUUUAUAUAGACCACCUCAUAAAGUAUGCACGGACAAUGGGAUUAUGAUUGCAUGGAAUGGUAUUGAAAAAACAAGAAAAGGCAUAAAAACUUGUCAAUUUAUAUCACAAAGCGAUGUAGAUCCGACUGCUCCUUUGGGUGUUAAUAUAAUAGAUCAGGUGAAAGAAGCAAAUAUAUCAGUAAAAAGCCCCAGAUUCAGUGAUGUUAAUUAAAUUUAGCGAUAAGAAUUGAUAUUUUAUAUCACAAUAAAAAUCAUAUUUGAAACAACAAUUUAUUUAAAUAAAACUAAAGUAUGUUUAAACCAAACUUCCAUAAUUGCAUGCUUCU